AUGAUGAUGCAAGCCAAGAAGAUCAAGUACUACGUCAUCGGACUGACCGAGACGAGACGACAUCACCCUCUCAACGCCGUAUAUGAAACUGGAGAAGAACUGUUCUUAGGAACAUGCGACAGUAGAGGUGUAGGAGAAGUUGGCGUCCUCGUCAACAUGAGUAUGGCAAAGAACAUCGACUCUUUCGAACUACUUACGACCCGAAUCGGACGUCUGCGGAUGAGAAGAUGUGGCCCAACACCACCUUUGACUAUCUUCGUCGCUUACGCUCCAACAUCAAGCUACGAAGAAGAAGAAGUCGAAGCUUUCUAUAUGGACCUGGAGAAGUUCUACCGAGAAGAUCAUGCCUUCUACAAGGUCAUAGUUGGCGAUUUCAACGCCAAAGUUGGCCCAAGAAGAACAACGGAGGAACUUCACAUCGGGACCCACGGCCUACAAUGGAAUGACCAGGGGGAGAGGCUCUCCGAGUUCAUCAUGACGACUAAGACCAUCCAUGGGAACUCGCAAUUCCAGAAGCCCUCCUCUCUAAGCUGGACGUGGAAGUCACCCGGUGGAGGGUACCGUAAUGAAAUAUACCACAUCAUCUUCAAUAAAAGGUUCUACCUGACGGACGUCGCUGUUGUACCAAAGUUCUAUACGGGAUCGGACCAGCGCCUCCUCCGAGGAAGAUUUUCCUUCACAAGGAGAGCAGAGAAAGCCGCCAAGUUCAGAGAGAGAAAUCCCAGGACUACCAUCAACUGA